AUGGGAACUCGAGAUAAGAAGUUAAUACCUUAUUUUACCUACAUAAAAGAAUUGUUUUUACAAUUUGACAAAAUCACCUUUCACCAUGUCCCUCGAGAAAACAAUCAAUUGGCUGAUGCUUUGGCUACUUUAUCAUCGAUGUUCCAAAUAAGUCGAAACGAUGAAAUCCUAUCAAUUAAAAUGGAGAGUCGAGAUCACCCUGCAUGCUGCCACGUAAUGGAGGAAGAAACUGACGGGAAACUGUGGUAUCACGACAUCAAACAUGAUCUUAUAAAUUUAGAAUAUCCUUCCAGAAUAUCGGAGAAUGAGAAAAGAACUCUGAGACAGAUAACCGCGAGCAUUUUCAUGAACAAAAAUAUUUUGUAUAAGAGGAAUCAUGAUAUGGUACUCCUAGAUGCGUUGAUGUCAAUGAGGCGAAAUAAAUUCUAUGAGAUAUCCAUGAUGGUUCUUAUGGGAUCCAUAUGA